UAUUGUAGUUGGAUAGUCCUAGCCUUCAAUUAUUAUCAAUGUACAUUUAAUUUUCGUGGAUAUUAUUAUUGAUAAUGCAUAUGAAUUGAAUUUUCGUUGCUCUCUGUUAAAUUUUCUUCUUUGGUGAUAAGUAGGACAUGAAUUUCGUUCGACCAAAGACAGUCACGAAAUGAAAACAAAUGCACAACAGUCUUUUGUGAACUUCCAUUAAAGAUGUUCUGAAUGGUGCUCGUUUAAAAAAGAUAUUGAUAUUAGCAAUUAAAUAAUCUACAGGUGAUAUUAACAAAGUAUACACAUUUGAGAAUAUUUUACGACGUUGUAUUGAAGAUGUACCCCAGUGACACUGUACCAUAAAUUCCAUUCAUUCACUUCUAAUUAAAAAUGCAGGAACUCUCUUUUGGAUUUAAAUGGUUGUAUCCUUGUAGUGAUGAAAGGAUAUAUGCCUUUUUAGACCUGUGAUAUGGUCACCAUGAAUUCUGAGAAAGCCGCUGCAAAGCGCAAACCUGAAUCAAAUAAUGGAUCAUGUAUGGGAACCAGUAUUGAUGAAGAAGCUUUACCUCAUCCAUCUACCACAGACGAUUCCCCCAAUUUACUUCUAUAUCGAAAAAUGGAAAAAAUUGUUGAGAAAAUGCAAGAUGAGAACACUGGUGUUCCGGUGAAAACUGUCAAAAGUUUCAUGUCUAAAAUUCCGUCAGUUUUUACUGGUUCCGAUCUGGUUAUGUGGAUGAUGAAAAAUUUGGAUGUUGAGGACCAACAGGAGGCACUUCAUUUAGCACAUUUGAUGGCUGCUCAUGGAUAUUUCUUUCCCAUUGAUGAUCACAUGUUGACUGUUAAAAAUGAUAACACCUUCUACAGGUUUCAAACGCCAUACUUCUGGCCAUCGAAUUGUUGGGAACCAGAAAAUACAGAUUACGCUGUAUAUCUCUGUAAGAGAACAAUGCAAAAUAAGACCCGUUUGGAAUUAGCAGAUUAUGAGGCUGAAAAUUUAGCUAGGCUUCAGAAAAUGUUUUCGAGGAAAUGGGAAUUUAUAUUCAUGCAAGCUGAAGCUCAAAGUAAAGUAGAUAAAAAGCGGGACAAGUUGGAAAGGAAGGUUCUGGACAGUCAAGAAAGAGCCUUCUGGGAUGUUCAUAGGCCCAUGCCAGGUUGUGUGAAUACAACAGAGAUUGAUAUAAAGAAAGCAUGCCAAAUGAACAAACCUAUUCAUGGUGUCAAGAGUAUGACAGUAGAUUCUCGAAAAAUGUUACCAUCUACUUCGGGUAUUGAAAGUUCGGCAUCUGUAGACAUUUUGAAGAAACAAGUUGAAUUACUGAGAGCCAGACUUGACAGGCGUAAUAUCAAAGUCUCUAAAGCAGCAGAAUCUUUGAUCGCCUACUUUGAACAAUAUUUGGAGUAUGACUGCUUCUUCGUAGCUCCUGAGUAUCAAAAUCCUUGGGUCAGUGAUAAUCCCGAGCUUUGGGAACAGGAAAAAAUUGCAAAAGACAUAUCAGCUCGCAGGGUUAAACGAUGGGCCUUCAGUUUGAAAGAACUCCUGCAAGAUCCUAUAGGUCGUGAACAUUUCAUCAAAUUUCUUGAUAAAGAAUUCAGCGGGGAAAAUCUAAAAUUUUGGGAGGCAGUCCAAGAACUGAAAUCAUUGCCUCAAAGUGAGGUUCAGACUAAGGUUAAUGAAAUAUGGGCGGAGUUUCUAGCACCAGACGCUAGUUGUCCAAUAAAUGUUGACUGUCAGUCUUAUGAGGUUACAAAGAAAAAUAUGGAGAAUUUGGACAGAUGGAGCUUUGACUGCUCUGCUGCACACGUUUAUCACUUGAUGAAAAGUGAUAGUUAUUCAAGAUACCUUCGUUCAGAGAUGUAUAAGGAUUUCUUGAAUGGUUCCAAGAAAAAAGCGGACAAGUGGGUUCUGCAAUGCUUGUGGCUUCCUCAGUGAUCAUGUGAAGAUUACUUUUUAGCUCAACAUAGGAAAUGCCAUUAGAACAUCUGUGAAAGGGAUUCGUUCAAUAGUGUCUUUCACAGCACGAAAAGAUAACAUCACCUAGUUGGACUGACCUGAUAUAGAAUGUAAUUCUUUGUUGUAACUUAUCUGUUAAGAGGUAAGUUUAAAAUUCGACAAUACAAAUAUGGAAAUGUGUCGCUGUUUUACAUGAUUUUGAUUUUCAUCACAACACACAUCAAUGUACAAUUCAUUUAGUGGAUUAACAACAUCUAUAGUGACUUGAUCUUUUUCAUUCCUCAUGAAAUACGUAAGGAUGUGUUCAUUAUCUAGUAUUUUAGAAACUUGAUUGAAAUAUAUCAGGUGCAUACAAUUAUAUUUCAAAUUGAGAAAAUCAAAAACAACUUUUGCAUUUUGAAUUAGUGAAAUUAUAUGAAUUGAAAAAUGUUAUAAAGUAUUAUUAUAUAUUGUACAAUAGUAAAUGUUAAUUAUUGUCACUAUAUAUGUUGAGAGUGAAGAUUCUACCUUUUAGUAGCAAUGAAGUGUUGUUAUUUGUUUACAUGAGUGUUACUUCAAUUUUUUUUUAAACAAAAUGAAACUUUAUUGAAAUCAUUGAUGUUUAAAGCUGAGGAAAAAUAUUUGAAUUACAAAUAAAAUCACCUUAAUCCACCAAUAUUUGAUGAAAGGCAUUCAUCCGUAUCUACUUUUUUCUAUUUAUAUUUUAUUUGUUGAAAUCUAAAGCUGCACAUUUUUUAAUCUUGACUACAAAUAUAACCAGAUUGUUCCAAAUAAAAUUGUACUCGGAGGUCCAUAAUUUUGUAGAUAUAAAUACAAUUAAUUUGGUCAUUUUAAUUUCAGGAAGGUAUUUCAUAUUUAUAUAUUUUAUUUAAAUUGAAAAGUACUUGAACAUUAGUAGUGUGAGUUGCAUAUGCAGUAUGCUUCUCAAGGAAACAUUUGUGUUUUCAUUUAGCUAGUAAUAAUUUAUUUUUUUCAAAAUUUAUGAUGCUUACAAACAUUUUGUAAUGCUAAUUCCAAUAUCACUUAAAUAAUCACAAAUUCUGUGUGAUGGUGGAUUGAUACCAGUGUUUGGAUGAAUGAAGUUUUUUUUAUAUCCAUCUAGAAGGGUUGCACAGAAUAAAAAUAUUUAUUUAGUUGGAAAAUACUGCCAUUACCUUUUAGCAGUUCCCAAAGAAUUUUCAAUUGGGGUUCUGAAGCAGUAAUAAUGAAUUGAAGUUUUUAUAUCUACAGUGUUAUUAUUUAAAACCUCCAUAUUAAAUUUCUCUUGGACUGGUCUGUAUAUUUAAUGCCAUUGUGAACUGAAGUGAUAUUGUUUGAAAGCUUUAAAAUUAUUUAUUUGCCAAAUAUGAUGAGGGUAUAUCUAAGUAUUGUUGGCUUCAUUUUAGAAGUUCAUUUUAUCCUCGAUUAUUUAAAAACGCUAUAUACAAGUUUUCUUUUAUUUUCAUAAGAUUAUGGUAUAUUUUCAUGAUUGUAUUGAUUUUCUAAAGAAGCGAGUUGUUCUCUUGUCUCAAAAAGAAACUAAAAACCUUAUACAUUCAACUUGCAAAGUUAUACAUUUUCGAUGAAGUUUAUUGUAAUCAAAUGAUUAAUCAUGAAAAUAUAAUCUAAUUUUCGAAUUUUGGAAUUGAAUACUGCCAUAGUGUAUUUGAAAUUUCAACUAGUGAAACGUUUAUAUCAGAAUGUGAAGUAAUUUUCUUAUCAAUCAAUUUUGAUAUUUCAAAUAGUAAGCUUUCCAGAUUACUGGUUGAAUAGAUGAAUUAGUGUAAGUGUUAAAACUUGAAAAGUAGAAAUAAUUGAUAAGGAAAUUGCCUUCUCUCGCAUUCUGGUAUUUGGAUAAUGUUAAAAUACCGAAAUAUUGAUUAACAACUCAAGUCUUUCACUUAGGAUACGUUAAUAAAUUCUUUAUUAUUCGUUUCUAGAAAAAUAGCGUGUUGGUAUAUCCUAUAGUUGUAAAAUAGUCUAAAACAUAUGUGUUAUGUAUCGUAAAAAUUAUGGAAUUGUAUCACACUUGAGGCGCUCAGAAAUUUAUUGAAUGAUUAUUGCGAAAUAAUUUGGGCACAAAUUGAAAGACAAAGUUUAAACAUUCGAAAUUGUUAUAAUUGAAACAAAUUAUUUUAUAGCGCUGAUAAAAUUCGUCACUCGUAUCUUGAAGUUCCUUUUUUAUUUACUGAAAAGAAUUAUUUUUUAAAUAAUUGAUAGUUCCUUCUAUAUUAUUUUGGGUCUGUUUUUUUAUUAUUCUACUACUAUUAAAGUUUCAUACCUUUGAAAAAUGCGGGUCUCUUCCAAUUAGAUAGGUUUAAAUAAGCUUUUUAUAAAUGGAGAUAAAUAGUAAGAUCACCCUUACUAGAGGAUUCCUAGGUUUUAAUUAAAUUUGUUAGUUAAACGAUGAGCAAUAAUUCAAAUAAUGUUGCUGUUAAAGGCUAGGAUUCUUUCUAUACCUAAGUCUGCAGAAAACAAGUCAUUUCACCGAUUUCAAUAAUUUUAUUAAUAUUUUUAUAUGCUAGUUUUUCAUUUUUUUGGUCCCAGAAAUCUUAAAUUAUUGGCUGAUUUAUAUACAGGGUGUUUACAUGCUUUGAAUGGAAAUGCAGGAGAAUGUGUAAGUCCUAAUGGCCAGUUGCAUCAUUUGCCUAAACACUGAUUAAAAUUUAAACAUCAAUCAAUGUUUAAUUUUCAAUCAAUGUUUUGGCAAAUGGUGCAACUGGCCAUAGUCUAUUCAUUUAUGAGAUACAUGGUACCUACAUAUAGGCAUUUUAUGAAAAACUUCCCACCUCUUGAAUGCUUUCAUAGAUUUUUUGGGAUUUUUCAAGGAAUAAGUGUAGGACAAUCACCAAUUUCAGUUCUAGUCAAUAAUCAGUAUCGCAGGACCGGACUAAGAAAAUCAUAAUUUUGUUGUUACAUGUUACAUCUAUACCUCAAUAUUUUCAAAAAUACAUAAACGCUCAUGAACUACAUUGAUCACUACAAAUAAACCUAUUAUCAAUAGUGCCACACCUGUGCUACUGAAGUAAUUCUUCAAAUUCAUAUGAAAAUCUAUGGAAGAAUUCAAGGGUUAUAUCGGUUGAAAUUUUUAAUGAAAUGCAAAAAAUUCCCUGUAUAGACUUGGGACAAUUUUCAACGCUGAUUAAUAUUAUUCAAAUCGUUCUGAUUCUCAUUGAAAGCAUGUAUAAUUAUUGAUGAAACAUCCUUUCUGUUGCGAAAUAAUUGAAAUAGUUUCUGUAUGGACCAUAAAAAUUGUUUUCGAAUAACAGAAAACACAUAUCUUUCUUUGGCAUUUUGUCAAAACUUGGUCUAUUCAAUUAAUAAUGAAACAUAUCAGUUCAUGAAGACGAAAUUAAUGACUGAGAAGAGAAAAAGAUUUGAUAAAUGAGAAAACACAUUCAAAUUAUGAAAUAAUUAGAAUUGAUGUAUGCUUAAAACAUUUUUAGGCAAGAGGGUAUAAAACUCUGCUAUAAAAAGGAAUUGCAACUUUUCACAUAGCUCACAAAUAUUCCUGGCAAUAGUGUAAGUGAGCACAAAAUUUGUUUGAAACAUUGUACAAUGAACUGUUAGUUGGUUGUUCUACCAUAAGCGAUUCAUUAAUAUUCAGAUGCCGGAUAUAUAUUUUUUUUCAUCAUUUGUUAAUUCGUUUCAUGUGGAAGCUUUAUUAUAGCUUGUGUAAAACAAUGUGACUGAUGAAACAACAAUAAUCAAUAGUUUUUCUGUAUGUGCUUUGAAAAUGAUAAUAGAUCAUUUUCUUCUCCAAAGUUGAAUAAAUUCGCAUUGAAUUUAUACAUAUUUGGACACUGAAGAUGAUUAGUGAAUAGUACACUGAAAUUUCAAUAGUAGAAAGAGAAUUGCAACAAAAUGGUAUUCAUAUAUUUAUUUUCCUCUUGAUUGCAAAUUCAAAGUAAUUUAUCAUUAUGUCAAAAAAUUGCAAUCAUUCAUUGCUUAGAAGUUAUGUUUGGAAUUGAGAGAUAUUGAUAUUUAAAGUAGAUUUUGUCUAUUUUAGAGAAUUAUUCAAUACCAAAUCCUAAUAAGAAUAAAGUUAUUCAUGUGGAA